CCUCCUGCCGGCCGCUGGCUGCUGCGCGGGCCGGGCUGUCCGGUGGCCUGGUGGCACUAGCGGGGCGCGGAGGAUGAGCGCGGCGGGACUGGGCGGCAGCAGCAGCACAGGCACUAGCAGCGCGAGCAGCAGGAGCAGCCGCCGCCGCGGCGGGGCCGGUCGCUGAUCGCAGGAGUACCGCGGCGGAGGCAGGGCAUGGCGCUGCCGGGGGAGCGCGGCGCGGAGCCCCAGCCCGGUGCCUCCCGUCCCGCCGACGAGGAGGAGGACGGCGGCGGGGCCGGCGGGCAGCCGGAGGCGCUGUCGUUGGAGGAGAUCCUCAGGCUCUACAACCAGCCCAUCAACGAGGAGCAAGCGUGGGCCGUGUGCUACCAGUGCUGCGGCUCGUUGCGGGCCCGCGCCCGCCGCGGCGAGACCCCCUUGGCUAGGCUGGGGACAGCCGCGCACCUCCGCGUGUGGCGGGACGGCGCCGUCACCCUGGAGCAGGGCGAGCCCCCUCGGCCGCCCCCGCCCUCCGCAGAUAAAUCAGACCGUUUCCACUGCACAGAAAUGGAGGUUAUCGAAUCACUAGGGAUUAUUAUAUAUAAAGCCUUGGACUACGGUUUGAAAGAUAAUGAAGAGCGGGAACUGAGUCCUCCGCUGGAGCAGCUCAUUGACCACAUGACUAAUACCACAGAAACAGAUGGCAGUAGGGAUGAAGGAUAUGAUGCUCUAGAUGAAGGAGUGGAGGAUGAUGAUGAUGACAAAGAGGAAGUUGAGGCCAUUCAUUCCUUUAAAGAUGUCAUGAAGCUGUGUGCUGCCCACCUGCCAACCCGAUCAGAGGCACCAAACCAUUAUCAAGCGGUAUGUCGGGCUCUGUUUGCUGAAACGAUGGAGCUUUACACUUUCUUGGCCAAAAUUAAAAGUGCAAAAGAGAAUCUGAAGAAAAUUCAAGAAAUGGACAAAGAGGCAAGUGAUGACACCAGCACGGAUCUUGAUGACUUAAAAAACGCUGACUGGGCUCGUUUUUGGGUACAAGUGAUGCGAGAUUUACGAAACGGUGUUAAACUUAAGAAGGUUCAAGAGCGUCAGUACAACCCACUCCCAAUAGAAUAUCAGCUCACACCCUAUGAGAUGCUGAUGGAUGAUAUUAGAUCCAAACGCUAUACCUUAAGGAAGGUCAUGGUCAACGGUGACAUUCCACCUCGAUUAAAGAAGAGCGCCCAUGAAAUAAUCCUGGAUUUCAUCCGAUCGCGGCCUCCAUUAAAUCCUGCCUCAGCAAGAAAACUGAAACCAACCCCACCACGGCCACGCAGCCUUCAUGAAAGGAUACUGGAGGAAAUCAAGGCAGAGAGGAAGUUGCGUCCGGUCUCCCCUGAUGAGAUAAGGCGUAGCAGGCUGGAUGUAACUACACCAGAGGCUGGAAGAAAAUUAGUGGCUGCCUCUGUAGUGAACGGUGGCCUGUCACCACAAGGAAAGCAGAAUGGGGCCAUGCAGGCGACAGUGCAACGCAAGAGACUUCUUAAGGCUCCCACGUUGGCUGAACUUGACAGCUCAGAUUCAGAGGAGGAAUCAGUGCACCGAUCAGCAAGUAGCAGCAGCAUCUCCCCUUCACAAGUGGAAGACCCCUCUCAAGAAGGCACCAACAGCAGAAAGAUGCCACCGAAGUUCUUGCCCAUAUCAUCUACACCACAGCCCGAGAGACGGCAGCCACCUCAGAGACGACACUCCAUUGAAAAGGAAACGCCAACCAAUGUGAGGCAGUUCCUACCACCUUCAAAACAGAGCUCCAGGUCACUUGAGGAAUUUUGUUACCCGGUGGAGUGUCUGGCUCUGACGGUGGAGGAGGUCAUGCACAUCCGUCAGGUGCUGGUGAAGGCAGAGCUGGAGAAGUACCAGCAAUAUAAAGAUGUCUACACUGCUCUCAAGAAAGGAAAGCUCUGCUUUUGCUGUCGAACAAGAAGGUUUUCUUUCUUUACCUGGUCUUACACUUGUCAGUUCUGUAAGAGGCCUGUAUGUUCACAGUGUUGCAAAAAAAUGCGAUUGCCAUCAAAGCCAUAUUCUACUCUCCCCAUCUUCUCACUGGGACCUUCAACCUUGCAAAGAGGAGAAAGCUUUAUGAGGCCGGAAAAACCCUCUACCAGUCACCACCAUUCCCUGCGGAGCAUGUCCAGGCUGACCUCAAGGUCCAAAUCUGUGGAUAAAUCACACGAAGAGUUUCCCAAAGAAUUGAUGGAGGACUGGAGCACAAUGGAGGUGUGUGUGGACUGCAAGAAGUUUAUUUCAGAAAUCAUCAAUUCAAGCCGGCGCAGCCUGUCUCUGGCCAACAAGCGAGCCAGGUUAAAAAGGAAAACACAGUCCUUCUACAUGGCGUCCCCGGGAACCUCUGAGUACUGCCCCUCUGAAAGGACUAUCAAUGAGAUCUGAGCCUUGUGCCUUUCUUCCCUUUGCUUUUGUCUUCAUGAGGUCAUCGUCCAUGAGCAAGGUCACUGAAACUGGAUUCUCAUUCCGUUGCUUCGUUUCACUCGACUGGCUUGUGAUCACAGGAUUUCCUACCCCAACAGUUCCCACAGACACACCACACCACGUUUAGAUCUGUGCAGAAUGAUACGCAACGGGGCAGCUGCUCGCACGGGAAGAAAAUCAAUAGUUUGAAAUUGUUGCCUCUUUUUUAUGUCUGUGUUGAAACUAGAAAGCCUUUUCUUGCUUUCAGUCUUUUUUUAACCAUGCUUUGAAUCAUUUUUCAGGAGAUGUGCUGAAAACAUAUGUUUAAUGGAGAACCACAUCUAACAAAGUGUCAGAGUUAGCACAGUAGCAAACAGUAAGUCAUAUUGGCAUUACCCCCCUAGUAAUGCUCACAUCCAAGUUGAAACAGCAAAGGGUUAUUAUUGCACACCAGACACUGAGUGUGAGCGACUGUGGUCAAAACCAUCUUUCUGUGGAAUUCUUUCGGUUACUCUGAGAUCAGGGUUCAGCACAUGACUGUGUCUGAGGGCAAUAUAGGCAACAAAGUUCUUCGCCCGUGUGGUUGGCUGUUCCCCUGAGCUGCUCUACUUUUGAAGCCUUAGUGUACUUCUAAAUGUCUUCUGAGCAGGUUUUAGUAGUUUACUUUCUCUCUUGAAUGUAUGAUGAUGACUACUAGUAGCAGUGAAUUUUAUUAGUAGACAGAGUUGUACAGUUUAUGGGGAGGAUGGGAAAUAAGGGAGGCUUCUAAUUUUAACUGAAUACUUGUAAAGUUGUUCUUGUGGUUACUCAGAGAAAACAGAGGGUAAGGUGUACAUUUGUACUAUAACGGAGCACAAAAGUACCGCUAUAGUUACGUCUGACGGCAUAUCCACUGAGAACCCCAUUUUUUCUGGGGUUUAUAACUUGGCUGUAAAAAUUUGUGUUCUGCUGAAAUUUGAGACAGUGCUGUCUCGGAUUGGGAGCAACCUCUCUGUUGGGUUUUUUUUUUCAUUAAUCUUUUUCAUUCUUUUUCUCUUUUCAAUUCACUCGCAAAAGAGUGCUAGACUAGUUGCUGAGGAAUUCCGACAAUGUCACGAUGUUAACUGACAUCUUACGCUUUUUUGCACUUUCUUUUUUUUAUACUCAGAAUACUUUUUUAAAAAUUCAGGCUUAGCCAGAGUUUAGUCAAUAAUUUGGGGCCAGAUCAUUUUGGUAUUUACAAACAAGCUAACAUAGCCAAGUUAUUAAUACUUGAAAAUCAACUACUGUAACUUUUUCAUGAAUUUUUUAAUACCCUGAGGCAUAUUUAAUAUCUAUAUAGCAGUGUAUUAUAGAAUGAUGUAGCAGAGGAGUUUCAGAUCUAUUUAUUAACAUUUCUAUACUUCGGAUUAAUGAGAGAUACCUCAGAACUGCUCCAAAGUAGCUGGGACUGGAUUUCCAUAACAUGACUUUAAAGACGUAUUAAUCAAAACAGAUUCUCCUGACCAAACCUCGUGCAUUGAAAAGCCCACGGGAAGGCAGGAGACCCCGGCAGCCCUGGUAGGGCAUGCUGCAGAGGGCAUGGGGUGCCAGGGGUAGUUGGCUCCCAUGCAGUAGCUGUGCCCCAGCCCUGCUGCAGGCCGCUUCCUGUAGCCCAGAGUAAGGAGGCCUCCCUUUCAGAGUGUGCUCACACAUGACCUUGCAGCCUUUGGAGCAGCCGGUCAUGUCCUACUUUUUCAGUUGAUUUGAAAAGCAAAUGCAAAAGUCUCCUUCAUCCUUCCGAGGACUCAUCCAACCUUAUUUUUAAUUCAAUGCCCACUUGGAAAAUGAGAAUUUUUGCAUAUGCAGGGCUUACUGAAAUAACGUGUCGUUUUUUUCUGAACCAAUGCAAACAGGAAGAGCAGGGAUGAAGGCUUGACACUCCCUCGUAGCUGUCCCUUCCAAGGUCAGCUCUCUUCGGGGUACCUCUGGAAAAGUGUCUUGCACGUUAAAACACCUGGAGUACUGGCACGAGAUAAGGAUGUAGGAUUGCAGGAGGUGAGUGGCACAGCCUGAUCUGAAAGGUCUGCUGUUGCUGAUCUCAGUCACAUCAGCACUUUUUCUUCUUUCUGUGCCAAAACCAGGCCAUGUGUUUGCUGCACAGUGAAUCGGGAAAACUAGAUUGAGAAAUGCAUGAAAUCUCACUUUGCAUCUCCCCUGGUGCCGUUUUUAUUGUUUUUCCCUGGAAAUGCCCCAGCCACAUGUUACAAUUGCUCACUGUCCUCUUCCCUGGCAUCCUCAAGCCACUGAGGUGCAGCAUAUCCAGCAUGUUUAUUUUGCCCUUUGAGAGAGAAUUAGGAUGUAAUAGAAGAGGCAGGGUCAAGGGCUAAGUAAAUCCUGGGUGUGUGAAGGGAACUGAGUCCCUCUGUCCCAUGGGGGCAGCUGUGGGGGAGCAGUGGAGCACCAUCCAGCCUGUGCUUGCCUGAGGUGGCCAAGAGCCCUGGGCUCAGGCUGGGCCCCGCGGCACUGCCUUGGCCCUCCCUGUACAAAUGGCUCCGUGUUGCUGACACAGAGCUGCCGUGGAGCAGGGCCUGGACAAAAAGCCCUCCAAGGUGCUGAGUCAGGCGGCAGCUGGCUCCCUCCCUGCCUGUGGCUGGGCAGAGGGCAGGGCAACGGGCCAGUUUGCCAGCAGUGCCGGAGGAGCAGGGCCAGAGGAGCGAGGCCGGCCUGCUCCUCACCCGGCUCUCAGCUGAAUAUUUUUAGCCUUCCAUCUGGCUGCGUGCACGGGCAUCUCAAAUCCGCUGCAGUUCCAUCUCUCCUGCAGGGGCUGCAGCCCUCAGCCCGCAGUGCUGCCCAGCCUCUCCCUCCCACACACGCUCCCAGUUCCAGAUUAGUGGCAGUGGAUGAAAUCCGCAGCUUGUAAAUAUGUGUAAUAUAUUUAUUAAUAUUUAGGAAGUCUCCAUCAAUCAUGCAAUGGGGAUUGACCUUCCCAUGAUGUUUUAAAAAGGAAAUGAGUCUUAUUUAUAUGUAUGUUGGCUAUUAUCUUUAUUAGAGUUAACGCUUCCAGCCCCCUAAUGCAGUCUGCACUCCAUUAGGCAUUUUAGUGUGAAUUACUGCUGAAGAGAAUGCAGGACUAGCACGGCCAGCUCCCUUCCACGAAUUUUUAGUAUUAUUUUUUUUAAAACUUUAUUAAUAUGCCCAAGUUCUGUUUAAAUCUAUCAUAGGAGACCCAAGGAGUUAAAAAUGCCACUGGCAGCAUCAGUCGUCUUGUUUUGUGCAUGAACCCUGUUGUGGAGUAUUCAAAACCAGCUCUGCCUCACGGCAGCAAUGGAGGAAGCAAACAGGCCUUUUUUGUUGCGGUGCUCAAGCCUGACCUUUCAAGUGUCCCUGCUGACAACAGUGCUCUGGGGCUUUGUUGGAUUUUUCUCUUUCCCUAUUGCUUCCUUUAUACAGGGAGGGAGGAGUGUUACUUGGCAAAAAUAAAAUGCCUUUCCGUUACAGCCCUUGUCUGUGUUAAUUAUUCGUGUGGAAGCUGAAAGGUUCUGUAUUCUUUUUCAUGCUUUUACAGCUUUCUAAUAUCUGUAAGGUGCUUCUUUUGGCAAAGAAUUGUUAAUGAAAAUGAUUGAAUAACAGCUGAACCCCACCUGGGCUGCACAAAGGGACAGAAACAUGUCAAAGUAUUCUCAAGUAGCAAUAAAACUUCUUGUGUAGCCCCAAUGAUGCGAUGAACACACCAUCAUCAUUUACAGAGAGCUCCCUGUUACCAUGUUGCUACUUCCAACCCUGAUGGUCUGUAGCUGAGGGGAGCUUGUCCUGCAUGUAGCACAAGCUGUGGGAAAUCUCCAUCCCUCAUCUUUGGGAGAUAAAUGCUGGCAGUCUUUUGGAGAGCUUUUUGAUUGACUUAUGUUUUAAACCAAAAGUCAGGACAUAUUUAUCACUACUAUGUUGUUCUCUCUUCCCUUUCAAGCUCGCCCUUUUCCCUAGCCAAGUUUAGCAUCAGCUUCUAUGGUUAGUUACUGGCUGCAUGCUCAAUAGAUUAAAACUAAUUUAGAAGCUCCAGCUUGAGACUCCUGAUUGCUACCUUUGUGCUUCACCUCACCCAGCAGCUCUGUACAUCUUUCAGGAAUGUUUCUUAGGAGCUCUGUCUCAUCUGUGAUACAGCGACAGCACACGGGCAUGAGGGAAAGGUGCUGCAACACUGUGCUCUGGUGCUACAGCAUAUGGGUUUUAUCAAUGUUACCAUACCAUUUUAUAGUAUUUCCGCAAUGAUAACUUGGAGCUGCUCUGGUUUAUUUCUUCUUACUUUGUAUGUAUGUACCUUAAUGCCAAUCUGGGAAUGUUUAUGCAUAUUGAUUCCAGCGAUAAAGACCUGUUUUGUUGUUUCUGUUGGAUUUUUUACUACUGUGUUUCAUAUUUUUUUGGGUACCUGAAAUUACUGACUGGGAUUUCCUGGUAGGAGAACUACGAGAGCGGGGGCACUGAACCCAUUUCCCAAGAUAAGUGUAAGCUGGGGGACGCAGCUCUGGCGGUUGCUCCCACUGGUGCCAGCUGUGAGUGAGCAGCCACAGCCCUCCCUGGGGGGGCCUCUCUCUGCAUUCCACCUUCACCUUGAAAAGUCCCAGCGCUGCCCUUGGUGCUCAGCUGAGCUGGGACAAGCUGUGAGCCUCGCGGCGCCCCAGGGGCCUCAUCUGCAAAAACAGGGACACAGGGACACAAUGUUAAAGAACAUUGAGAGCUGCUUGAUGAAGGGACAAGCACUCGAUGUCAAAGCUAAUAGGAUCCUGCACUGCCCCUUUCCAUCAGCUUUCUGUGGCAGCACUGCGAGGUUUACUGAUCUCCAGGUGGCUGAAACCUUCCAAUGCUUUGACAAGCAAAUAGGAAUGAAUUUUACCACGGCAGUCCACACUUAAAUGCCAUAGGGUAUAACCAGGAGAUGGAGCUAAAUAGUUACCCAAUACACAUGGCAAAUGUGAGGUGGCAGUAGCUUUGCUCAUUUAUUUGCGCAGAACUGCAGUUGAGUAACUUUUCUCCUUCUCCUCUGGUCGGGCUGUUUUGCAAGCGCAGCCCCUGCCUGAGCUGAGUGUCAGACUGGGAGCCUGGGCUCUGCUCUGGGCUCUGCUCUGAAAUAACCACAGAAGCCACUGCAGUCUGCAAAGGUUGGUGAGACAGGUUUGGUAGAACAGUUCUAGAGGAAACCAUUUGGAAUAGAUCUUUCCCUAGCUGAUAAAAAA